UGGGGUAGGGGGGGGAACAAGCAGAUACAACUAAAGGCGAAGGCGAGAGCAUCAAACAGGCGCUAAUACAUGUAGGUGCGUGUCGUCCGCCCGGAAGAGAAAAAGAGGAACCAGGUCAAAUCGAUUUGAAUGUGAAGCUCCCCCCACCCCCUCGCUAAGAAAUUGAAACACCUAUGUCGUAUGGGGCGGGGUGACGUCUGAAUUCCGGUGGAGAGAGGAGAAAGGUUUAGCUAAAUGGAUACCAGGCGGACUCCACCGGGCGCGGCCAAUAUCGUUGUGAUUAUACCGGGGGGUCUAUUAAGUCCGAGCUGUGUGUGCUGAAAGUGACAUCGGGAAAGAAACGUGUCUUUGCGGCGCCCCUCCGUCCCACGCCCGUCACAGCCAUGAGGACAUUAUUAGCAUUCUGUUGUUUUCUCUUGGCAACCGGAGGCGUGGACCGGCAGACCCCGGCGAAAGACAGGAGCACGCCGGGCGCCGAAAACACCGGCGACAACGUGACGACCGACGGCGGCAGCAGAUACAUCAAGAUCGGCGACGGCACUUCGCAGGAAUUCGAGUUUCCGGAAAACACCAAAGGCGUGAUCGUGGUUUCCUGCCGGUACCGCGGCGCACCGGGGACACCGGGCAGCCGGAGCGUGAAGCAGAUGGUGACGGUUCGCUCUCUGGAGCCCAAUGUUCUCUCCAUACUGAACGUGAGUGACAGCGGUAGCCCGGGGCCGGUCCGGAGUUACGUUAUCAGGAUAAGGUCCGGCUUGGCAGGAACGGCUCCUCUGCAAAUCCAGCUUCUGGAAGUGGACCAGAGCUCCGAGCCGGUUUUAGUGGAGGAGCGAUCGGACUACUCCAUCAGGGUGUCGGCGGGCGGCGAGGACUCGGGGACUCCGCUCUCCCAGUCCGGUGGGCUGUCCCACUUCUCGGAGAACCCGGUCCUGUUUGCUCUCUUGCCGCUCAUCUUUAUCAACAAGUGUGCCUUUGGCUGCAAGGUGGAGGUGGAGGUGCUCAGCUGCCUCAUCCGACGGCCGGUGCCCUUGCUGCUGGGCAUGGUGGGGCAGUUCCUGAUCAUGCCACUGUACGCCUAUUCCCUGUCCAACUUGGCAUCCCUCUCCAGCGCUCUCUCCCUGGGCCUUGUCAUCACUUGCUCCGCACCAGGGGGCGGGGGGGGCUACCUGUACAGCCUCUUACUGGGAGGGGACGUCACUCUGGCUAUUUCUAUGACGCUGGUCUCCACGGUGGUCGCCGCGGCGAUGAUGCCCCUGUCCUCGGCCCUGUAUGGCCGGCUGCUGGGAGUCCACGCUACGCUGCACGUGCCUUUCGUCAAGAUCCUGGGCACGCUGCUCUUCAUCGCUAUCCCCAUCUCGCUGGGCAUGCUGGUGAAGCUGCGUCUGCCCGGCCUGACGCGGGCACUGCUGGCCCUCAUCCGGCCCUUCAGUUUCGUCCUCAUCGUGGGCGGCAUUUUCAUGGCCUACCAGAUGGGGGCGUCCAUCCUAGCCAAUGUGGGGCUGCCCAUCGUGGCGGUGGGCGUGACGGUGCCGAUUUUCGGCCUGCUGCUGGGCUACAGCGCCGCCACCGCCGCCCGUCUGCCAGCCCCCCACCGCAAGACGGUGAGCAUCGAGGUGGGGGUACAGAACAGCCUGCUGGCGCUGGCGGUCAUGCAGCUGUCAUUCCGGCGUGCCGAGGCCGACUUCGCCUCGCAGGCGCCCUUCAUCGUGGCCCUCAGCAGCACCUCGGAGAUGCUGCUCCUCGUCCUCGGGCACAUCGCCUACCGCUGGCUCCGGCCUGCCGCCACCUCUGACGUCUGACUCCCUGAUGCCUGAUUGUCUGUGUUUGCUCUGCCUCGGAUCCGCGUGCGAUCACGGACCGUGCCAGAGGUACACAAAUAUGACACUGUGGACGAUGUGUUGAAGGAGACUGGGGGAGGGGGGGCAUCUUUUUUUUGCCUCAAAACCAAAGGCCUUUCCCCACUAUCCAGUGUUCUUUAUAAUAAUUAUUUUUUUGUAUAUUAAAUGGAUCUACUGUAAUUCCACACCCGAAGAGAUGCCUAUCAAACAAAGAUAUUUUUCUACUGGAUUUUUUUUUUUUCUAAAUGAGAAGAUUUGUAUCAUGUUUACAGAGGUUGUACUUGUCUUUGCAACGGGUAAAGCCUUGUGUUUUGUCAGGACGUGUCUCUGUGUUCUUGAUUGAAAUGAUUUAAGUAUCAUUGAGUUGCCCUGUACUUAAUGAUUAAAGCAGAGCAUAAUGGAAAUAAAGGUGCUGGGGAUGAGCAAACAAAGUGCUUUUAAUAAAUAUUUAAAUGGUGAUAUAGUCUGUCAGGAGACACCCAAGGAAGCGAGAGAGCCAGUGAGUGACCUGUGUGGAAUUUACACUCAUGCUGUUGCUGGUUUUGAAGGUGUGUUCGUUCGUUCCGUCAUGUACGACUGGGGAAGAACCAGUUUUUCGGCUGGCUGAGGUGUUUGUCCUUUUCGUUUUGGAGUAGAAAAUUGAGUUAUUCCAGUGAGGCUGGACAGGCGGAGAACAAAGUCAUCUCAGUUAUUCUGCUUUGCUCGGUUUCCAACCCUUUAACAAUGGGGGAGAAUGUCUCGGGCCUGGCACGCUUAGGUUUGCGGACACUGAGGGGCGGCGCUGAGACAAGCAGAGCAAUGUGACACCCCUCCCCCCCCCCCACCCACCCCCAUAAGGGAUGCCGGCUAUCUAACACAUGUGCUUUGUUUUUCCCGAGAUACCUUUGCGAAACCGUGAGUCCCUUCGCAAUGCAAGCAAGCCAGUUAGCAAAUUAAUGCCACAAUGUAGUGUUAGCCUCGUCGGUUGCAGAAAGAAUUAUCUCCAUGAGGAACUGACUCGUCUAUUUUGGUCACAGUGUUUUGUUUUGACAGCAGAUGUGCCCCCUAACAUGACGGCAAGGAUGCCGUCGUUACGUUACCUGUAAUUAAUCUUUAACGAGGUAACAUGGGCUAGAGGUGCAUGGUAAGUAAAGUCUUGGACUUUUAUUUACAGCCCAGUGAUGGUGGGUAUUUCCCACUGGAUCUGCAGUGCAGCCAUGAAGAGGCCAGCCGGCUCGCUUCUGUAACUGGAUUAUAGCCCAAGCGGUACCGAGCCCCAUCUGGUCCGUAUGAUAGAGCCACUUUUAUCGGGGAAGAAAGAGGAUUAGAGAUUUUCCAACUUGAGAUUCCAGGUUUGUGUAGGUACAGAUGGAUUAGAGAAUGCUUCUGAGAGAGAGGGAGACAGAGAGAUGUGGAAAGUUCUCUGAGACACUGUGAUAUGGUGUCUGCCUGUGCCCAUGUAUCCAUGUAAUCGCAGGAAUGAGUUCAGGCCAUUUAUUUUUAAUAGAACUGAUCAAGGUCAAAUGGCCCAGGAUCUCUUUACAACUACAUGCUCUUCUCGUUGCAGGAAAUGAAUAUUUUUGCCCUUUUUCCUAAUAGAAAAUGUCUAUGUGUAUUAAUAGUUAAAUGACACUGGUAGUUGGUGUUUUUGUUGCCAGGGCUGGUGUGUUGGACAGUGCAGGGCGAGCUUUAGGAGGAAGCAAACUCCGUCUUAUGGGUGGAGGCGGCUCCACCUUCCCAGCAGAGCAAGGUUCCCCUGUUCGGCUCAUUGUUAGUGGCUCAUUAUAGUCACAGGUGUGUCACCUUAGCCUUCGGCUUCAUGCCUGUGUUGUGCUCGUGCCGGGCACCGAUCCAAAGCGGCUGGCGGUGGGGACGAAUGCCUACCUCCCUAAUGAGUCAGGGGGAUCGAUUCGCAGGCCAGAUGAGUGUAUUCCUCAUUAAGGAUAAUGUGCAGAGCGGUCCGUGUGUGAGCCAGGCCUGGGGAUGAAGCGAUAUCACAGCGGGAAAUCCGAGACAGCGAUUUAAUCUCUUUUUAUGAUAAUGCUGGAAAGCUUGUGAGUGUCCAAUUCCAUUCAUAUCAGCCACCGGAAUUGAUUAUGACCUUUCGAUGCUGAAUCUCCCACAAUUUCAAAACCAUGCAAUCAGCCACCUUAGAUUAUACUGUCCAGCGUGUGCGAGCGACGAGAGUGUAUCAGUUGCUUUGCACAGUAUUAUACAGUAACAUAGUUUCCCGGCCUUCUUCUUUUACAGCAGAUUACCUGUCCUGCGGUUCGUCACAGUUUCUCUACGCUCAGGUUUGUCGGCAGUGACAGCCCAAUGUCUUUCUUGCAGCGGACGGCGAUUUCUCUUGCGUUCCUCCGUGGGAUUUUCGAUCGGAAACGAAAAUCUUCGCUGCAGGAUUCAGAUUUGCACUUUGGCAUUUUAGAUAAUGUUUCCGGCAAUUAACAAGGGAAGGAGCACAUCGCUCGUGCAAUGUUGCUCCCGUGGGCAGGUGAGCCUGUGCACCAGUCAGUUCAGUUUAAUGGUAAUUAGGGUGGUCUCCUGGAGGAAGAAAAUGUCUCUAUAUAAUUAUAUCGCAUCUACCUCAGCGAACAUGCAGUACAUUUCCACAUGGGAACUACACACUGUGGAUUUGGCUGGUGAUUUUAAUCUGACUGCAGGGGACCUUUGCCCUUCCCAGUGUGUAUUAUUAUCAUUUUUAUUGCAGUGAUUGUGCAGUGAUGGGGUCUCUCUUUCUGCAUGCACUUUCCCCUCUCUUAUACAGCAACCCCACGUUACUAACACGUCUGCAUCUGCUCCUUUAGCCUUCUUUACUGCCUAAUAAAUCGCAAAUGUGGAGACAGUAAUGGAGGCCGAGGUCUUACCUCACCCACGCAGCAGUGCUCCCGGUAAGGUGGGCCGGCCGGCCGUGGGGGUAACUCAUCCAGGGGAAGGCAGCGGUUCCGGGACCGUAACUGGCCGUGGGCGGCUGCAGCUGCAGUGCCUCGGCAACCCUGCCCUGGAGCCAUUGGCACGAUAAGGAGAAUCAUUUAAAAAUUUACAAGAAUCAAGUUUUAAUGAGGUUUGUUUGUCUUUCACUUGCCCUGGGCGCCCUCUCCCUGCAGUGCCAGGCCGCCUUGCUGUAGGACGUCCUCAGCAGUCCCCCUUUUUCUCUUCACCCGGCACCCGGGCCUUGACCCUCCGUUCAUCUAAUUGCAGCGUAAUGAUUCACGUGAACUUUUCUGUGACACUCUGACCCAGGAUAACUCUCUCACAUGCAAAUUCACACCGGCUCAGUGUCUCUGAAACUCGUGCACAUAUUGUAGAAAAUAUUGCGGGACCGGAGCAUGCUGGGAAAAUGUAAAUAGCCCCUUUUCCAUGUUUUUGUUAAUGCUUGUUUUGUUCCCAGUUGUCGUGUGUGUUGUUGCCUGAGUCAUGCGUGAACCCUGUCUGAUCCUCACGUGUCUUUUAGCCAUUAUAUAAAUUACCUACCGUGUGUGUGCCUUACAGUCCGUCUGAACUCCCUCUGUUUGGCUGUUGUGUGUGGUUCGCUGGUUGCUUAAUUCCUGCGCUUUUCAUUUUAAGGGUUUAAUAAAAGGAUAUUAUUUCCCCUUGAA